GCGCAGAUGAAAUUUUUAUUGCAAAUGGUGGGUGACGGACACGAUUCAAGAGUUGCGCACGUAUUUUUCACAUUCAAUUUUGCUGUAAAAUUUUCGUAAAUUUUGUUGUGUGCUUCCGUUGCACAAUAACGAUAAUCUAAAUGUUUAUAAACAACAGCGAGUGUUUGUGAAUUUUAUUGUAAAACGAAACGUAGAAACGUUUAAAUCAAAGCAUACGCGUUUAACAUUGCAACAGCUUACGAUUUGUGAAUCGUCCGCUGUCGCUACGGAUUAAGACAUCCAAAAUGGCAGCUAACAACAACCUUAAUAUGCACAGCAUGUCGCCGCAACAUUUGUCAACACUAAAUUCAAAUAUGAUGCCACAGUCGGUGAUUGCCUCUACUGGCAGUGUUAACCCUAUGUUAGGCAUGCCGACAAUGCCACAACCAACAAGCAGCGCACAAAGUGCUUGGGAUCAAUUGACCGCUUCCACAAACACGUCAGCCAAUACAAAUGUACAGAACACAGCGGUAACAACAAAUAUUAUCGGUGGCGCUGUGGGAGCUGUAGGUUUGGGUAUAGGAAACACCACAAAUUUGACAACAUUACAAAACAUGCCGCCGGGUAGUAAUAACUUAAUAGGUGGCGCUGCCAGCAUUGCGAGUGCAGUCAAUACGGUUGGUGGUACAAGCGGUAUAACAAUGGGUGAUCCGAAUGGUUUUAGUUUGGGUAGCAUGUCUGGCGGUAGUUCACCAGCGGCCGGUUGUGCUUCUCCAUCGACACCGACAAAAACGAGUGCACCACCAUUGGACGGUAUGAUGGCACAUACGCCCACGCAGGGUCCACCUGCUAUGCAUAGCGCCGGUUAUGGCGAGGAAUUGACGGCCGAGCUUGUGAAUCAAGGUUGGCGUAAAUUCUGGUCGAAACGUGAAAAUCGUCCAUAUUACUGGAAUAAAAUCACCGGCGAAUCAUUAUGGGAAAUGCCCGGUGCGCGUCCAUUCGAUCCACUUACAGAUCCUUUGGGCAUAUGUCACAGUAGUGUUCAACCGCCUAUAAAUCCCGGUUUACCACAUCACCCACAUCAUAUGCAACAUCCAAAUUUAAAGCGUCGUCCAUCCGACGAUAUGCAUCUGCAUCCACACCAACAACAUCCGCCAUUGAAAAAGUUCGUCUUGGCGGGUCCGUGGGAUUUAGAGAUUUGCACGAAUGCCGUGAUUGUAGAGCGGCCACCCACGUUAUUGCCACAACCACAUCCCGAAAUUGAGGCUUUACGCGCCGCCUACACUAUGAAACUGGUGAAAACCUAUGAGGAUCUCUGUAUGCGACGUGAGAAUAUUAAGGCGCCGAAAGACUCCUUCAACCGUUGGCUAAUGGAGCGUAAAGUUAUUGACAACGGUUGCGAUCCGUUGUUGCCCAGCAACUGUAACCCGGAAAUAUCGCCUUCUAUGUAUAGGGAAAUUAUGGCUGAUAUACCAAUUAAGAUUGUCAAACCGAAAUUUACAGGUGAUGCACGCAAGCAAUUAUCACGUUAUGCCGAAGCAGCGAAACAGAUUAUUGAGUCACGUUCCGCACCAGCCGAGAGUAAAAAGGUCGUCAAGUGGAAUGUCGAAGAUACAUUUCAAUGGUUGCGUCGCACAGUUGGCGCCAGUUACGAGGACUUUCAAGAUCGUUUAGCGCAUUUAAAGCGCCAGUGUGAGCCACAUCUUGUUGAGACCGUAAAGAGUUCCGUAGAAGCGCUCUGCAUUAAAAUCUAUCACUUGAGCGCGGAGCAUGCGCGCAAAAUACGCGAACGUCAUAUGCAAUUGCUGAAGGAGCACGGCAUACCGGAGCCAACGCCACCGCCACCACCACCGCACUUGAAGAAAGUAUGGUGCUAUCCCAUACAAUUCGCUGUGCCAUCACCACGUAUGCCAGCCAUUGAAUAUGUACAGGAUCGUGAUCACAUGAUAAUUAAAUAUACGCCUAGCACACACAAUCAACCCGAUGCACAGUAUAUUAAUCUAACACAUCUACAAAAGCUCGAACAACUCUAUCGACACAAUUGCUUCGAUGAUAAGAAAUUUGAUUUAUUUAUUGGACGUGUUUGGUGUCUCCUCAAGCGCUACCAGACGUUCCUCGGCAAUGCGUUAAAUUCAUCACAAGAGGCAGAAAUGACACAGGCUUCAUUGCCGGUGCCGGUUCUUGAGUGCUUGCAUCGGCAAUUUGGUGUUAGUUUUGAAUGUUUUGCGUCGCCGUUCAAUUCAUAUUUUAGGCAAUAUUGCUCGGCCUUCGCAGAUACCGAUGCAUAUUUCGGUUCUAGGGGACCAUUUCUUGAUUUCAAGCCAGUUUCUGGUUCGUUCCAAGUAAAUCCACCACAGUGCGAAGAGCUCAUGGAUAGAGCUUUGUUGCAUAUCGAUAAAUUGCUCACAGAUUCAAUGGAGCCUUUGAGUUUCAUCAUAUUCUUGCCCGAAUGGAAGAGCAUUGCGAAGCUAGAAGAGAGCAUGUUUAAGCGUCGUUCAAUGGUGGUGCUAGGUAUGGCACAUGAAUACCGCCAUGGCUAUCAGCACAUCAUACCAAAAGCUGACGUCAAUGUAAAAUGCAUGCAGGGCACACAGGUGGUGUGGUUGCAAAAUAGCGCCGGCCAUGCGCGUUGGGGACCCAAUGAGAAUCGUGUGGAGGCUUUGCGUGAAGCUUUCCGGCCGCAACGCGAUCGUGAGCGUGAACGUGCCGCAGCCGCCGCAGCUGCCGCCGCGUCAUCACCUCAACCGGUAACGCAUCAAACCACUGUGUCACACACACUCGGCAACAGCAACAACAACAACAACAAUCUAGGAAUUGGCAACAUUAGCAAUAAUGUGAACACAAAUGCCACAACAUCGGCAGCUGCCGCCUCAAGUGGUAAUACAAAUGUAGCUGGCAAUAUCAACACUUCUAGCAGCAGCGGCAACAGUUCCAUGCAUUCAACGUGCGCACCGCUUUCACCGCAUACACCACCAAAUAUGGCAACAUCAUUGACCGGUUCGCCCGCUAUGAGCAAUCAGAGUGCAUGCUCGUCACCAUCGUCGUCUUCAAUGUCGCUGUCACCGGCUGCAUCAGGUGUCGGCGGUAUUGCAGAUAUUGUCGGCAACACCACUUCCGUAUCGAUUACAGCAACAGCGACGGCUGCGAGUGGCGCAUUCGCCAGUCUGGUGGCUGCUUCGUCAUCCGCAAACAAUAUUGGUGGCGUAACAUCGGGUGCAGUUGCCGGUGCGCUAAGCAACAACGCCGGACAGACCGUUAUCAAUUCGGCGGUUUAAACGGUUAUGCAGUUGGGUUUUUGCGGCCUAGCGUAGGCUUGGUGUUAAAAUUAUUACGAUAAAAAGUGAAACAGUGACAAAAAGCAAAGUGUAAAUCCUAAAUCAUGAUUACUGUGCAAAGUCGCUACAUGCAAUGGCUCAACAGUGCAUUAUAGAGCCAAGUGCGUUGCAAUUUUCUUUAUUUAUUUUUUGCACUAAUGUAAUUUAUUUAUUUAAGCGGAAAAGUGAAAUUACAAAAACAAAAAAAAAACUUAAAAAAGUAGCGUUAGUUUUAGAAAAAGUUAAAAAAAAAUUAGUAAUGCUAAAGAAUUGAAUUCUUUUUGAACGUACCCACAAAAAAAAGUGACGUGUUACGGCGUACUGCACGACCACUGCACUUUUGUCUAUUUAUUAGUAAUGUAUAUAAACAAAAUAUUAUUUAAUACAGUAGCUUACGCAACUGCUGCGUCAAAUAGCAGAUAUCAAUGCA